GUGAAGUGAGAAGGUAUGAAAAUUGUGAAGUGGAUAGCGAAAUUGCGUUUUUCGAUUGGGAUAACUGAAUAGCAUCAGAUUCUAGAUUAAUUAAAUAAUUUUGUAUUAACGUUGAAUGUCGUCGGACUGUUUAAAAGUGAAUAACGGUAUAUAAAUUUAGUAUGAUGUUAGGAUCGAGCAUUCCAAUAAUGAUGCUUACCGCCUUUGAAAUGACGCAAAAAAUGGAAAUGUUAGUCAACAUCAAAAUAUUUAAUGAUCUGUUUGGCUUUAAAAAAUAGUGAACCAACGCGCAUAUUACAAACUUCCAGUUUCAGUGCGGUGUAGCACUAUGACUGUAUUGGUGGUGUAAGAGGAACUAUACAUCACAAACAUACGCAGGCAGACGAGUCAAGAGAAAAGUUAUUUCCCGCACCAGAGUGAACCACUUGCGAUAACAAUUGAAACCUAAACUACUAAAAUAAUUGCGGUUACUACAAACGCCCACAAGGACCACUAUCUAAGUUUGCGCCGACAAAAGAGAAGAGAGGCACAUUGGUGCGUGUGAGAUAACUGCAGUAAGAGCAGAACGGUUAUUAGAAAGGAAAUACCGUUACAAAGCAGCAGUCAUCUUCCCUCGUUUGAGCCUUCGAAAAACCGAAAAAUACCGGUACGCUCCCGCGCGUGCGCGAGGUAGUUACAGAGGUUGUUUUGCUGCACGAUUUGGUAAACAAGUUGUUUUUGAUACGGGUGUGUAAAUAAUCCGACAGUGAACAAUAAUAAGCAAAAGAAGAGGCGGGAAGCGCUUUGCAUUGUUGAAAAAAAAAUAUUGCGCCAGUUGUCAUCGCAACGCCGCUGGACGAAGAGUGAGUAAGUGAGCUUUUGUGUCAAGUGCCACCUAUGCAAUCCCUGCGAUUAACGGUGAGGUGUGAAUAAAAUUUUGAAAUUCCGGAAAAUCGGACCGAACCAGCUUUUGGUCCAGAAAUCGAUGAUAAGUGGUAAAUUGUGAAAUCAAUGCAAUGGGUGUAGCUUUCAACUUCGACUUCUGGUCCAAUCCGGACGAAGUGACUGAGGUGACAUUUUUUCUGCCGAAUGGAGUUCUGAUUAUACUGAAGUAUUCGAUUUACGCUACGCUGCAGGAUCUAAAGACGGACGUAUGGGAGGAAGCGGAACGCUACCCACUGUACUGCCAUCUGGGCGACAAGUCGAUGUACUUUUUCAGCACCAUGAGCAGCGCCAACAACAACAGCUAUGAGCUGAGCGACGAAACCAAACGGCUUAUCGAUGUGGCACCGGUGUUUUGCAUGUUCCGUUUCGUGGAGAAGCAGGUGUCGGUAAACAACAAACUGAUCAACAACAUUACCACGCUGCUCGGGAAGACUCUGUCGGAGAAAACGUUGAAAAAUCCGGAAGUGAACGACUUUCGAACGAAGAUGUGUUACCUUGGAGAGGAAAUAGCUACUAAGCGUGCCACAAUGAACCUUAUGGAGCGGAUCAUCUACCAGUAUCCUCCGAAGCUAGUCAACAGUGCGCAUAUUCCGGAGUUGGUGAAGAAGCGAAUAACUAACGGGGACAUUUGUGUAGUUGCAAAGAGCGCCGACAUGCAGGUCACGGUCAAAAUUCCUUGCAAAGCCACACCGGACGAAGUGCUCAAACGCAUUUUGGAGAAAAAGCAAAUCUCCGUAAACACGCGAAACGAAAACAGUUCCGACUUUAUACUGAAAGUUUGCGGUCGCGAGGAAUACAUGUUCGGGGAUCACCCUAUCAUCAAUUUCCAGUACGUACAGGAUUCACUGUCUCGCGAAGAAACGCCCACGUUUGUUCCAAAGUUGCUGCGUAGCGUAGAAAUUUUCAAAGACAACAUCUAUGAAAUCCCGGAGGAGAUUACCCAGAGAUCGAACAGUACCGGUAGCAAGCCGGCAUCGCAUACGUUGCGAAAAGUGAAGCACAUCACUAGCUGGGACAUCGAGGCACACUUUCAGUGUACGGUGCACAGCAUAGCCGAUCUAAAUUGUGACGCCAAUCGAAAUGUUGAGGUUGGAAUUCAGCUCGGACUGUUUCACGGGGGUAAAUCACUUUGCGAAUCGAUGCGAACGCAGCUGGUAUCGGUGAACGAAGGCAGUGCCACCUGGAAUGAGACUAUCAAAUUUGAUAUCGCCGUAAAAAAUGUUCCUAGAAUGGCAAGACUGUGUCUGGUGAUUUACGAAAAUGUACGGACAGCGAAAGGGGUAGGCGUGAGAGCACGGCGAACAAAGGAUGGCUUUAUGAAUCCUAUCGCGUGGGUUAACACUAUGCUGUACGAUUACAAAAAUCAGUUGAAGGCUGGAGCAGUUACUUUGUACACUUGGACGUACGCAGAAGAUUUGCAAUCGGAGGAUGUGCUACACCCUCUUGGGACGGUAGAACCAAACCCUCGACGAGACGAGUGUUCGUCCAUUAUCCUCAGCUUCCACAACUAUAACCAGCAGAAUAAGAUCAUUGUUUAUCCCUCGGAAGAUCAGUUGCUGGAUCAUGCGAACAAGAUGAGGCGAAUCAAUAGGCAUUUAAACCGGGACAGUGCAGAGGAGGUGCGCCCGAUCAAGGAGAUUUUGAUGCAGUACCUGCACAAUGAACGGCUGAACGAUAUGCACGAGCAGGAUCGUAACGCUAUCUGGGCGAAACGAAGAGAAUGCAUGACGCUGGAACCGGAUGGGUUGCCCUGUUUGCUGUACUGCGUGGAGUGGAACAACAGGAAUGAGGUAGCCGAAAUAACCUCACUACUGCAGGAAUGGCCCAUCCUCCCCCUGGAACGUGCCCUCGAACUGCUCGACUACGCCUACGCUGAUCAGUACGUGCGACGGUAUGCCGUCAAAUGCCUCCGCACCAUCCAGGAUAGCGAGCUGCUGCUGUACCUGCUGCAGCUGGUGCAAGCGAUGAAACACGAAUCCUACCUGUACUGUGAUCUGGUCGAUUUUCUGUUGCAGCGGGCCCUGCACAAUCAGCAUAUAGGGCACUUUUUCUUCUGGCAUUUACGUUCGGAGAUUCAAGUACCCUCCGUACAGGUCCGCUUCGGGUUGAUCUUGGAGGCGUACUUGAAGGGCAGCCAGGAACACGUGGCGAUUUUGCUGAAACAGAUGCACCUAUUGCGAAAGUUACAGGCGAGUUCCGAGUUGGUUAAGAAAGGAAACAAAGAGAAGGGAAAGACACUUCUGAUGGAAUAUCUGCAGGAGCGGUCGGUCGGUGAAGCAAUGUCCGAUGUCAUCAGCCCACUCAAUCCGAGUUUUCGAUGCAAAACUGUACGGGCGGAAAAAUGUAAAGUGAUGGAUUCCAAAAUGCGACCACUGUGGAUAGUCUACCAGAAUUCGGACAUCAAUGGUGAUGAUAUAAAUAUGAUUUUUAAAAAUGGUGACGACUUGCGACAGGACAUGCUAACUUUGCAGAUGCUGAGAAUUAUGGAUCGGAUCUGGAAGACCAACGGGUAUGAUUUUCGAAUGAAUCCUUAUAGCUGCAUUAGCACAGACCGACGAUUGGGAAUCAUCGAGGUGGUUCUAAAUGCUGAAACUAUUGCCAAUAUACAGAAGGAGAAAGGUAUGUUCUCGGCAACUUCCCCGUUUAAGAAAGGAUCCCUGCUAGCCUGGUUAAAGGAGCACAACCAUACGGAGGAAAUGCUAGCCAAGGCAGUGCAAGAAUUUACACUGAGCUGCGCAGGCUAUUGCGUUGCAACGUACGUCCUGGGGGUAGCCGAUCGGCACUCGGAUAAUAUCAUGGUGAAAAAGACUGGUCAGCUGUUUCACAUAGACUUUGGCCACAUUUUAGGACAUUUCAAGGAGAAAUUUGGCUUCCGCCGAGAACGGGUACCAUUUGUACUGACGCAUGAUUUUGUGUACGUGAUUAACAAAGGCCGAACAGAUCGGGAAGCGCAAGAGUUUCGCCAAUUUCAGCAUCUUUGUGAAGAGGCAUUUCUAAUUCUAAGAAAGCAUGGUUGCUUAAUACUGUCAUUGUUUGCUAUGAUGAUCUCAACUGGUCUACCGGAGCUAUCAUCGGAGAAAGAUCUCAUCUAUUUGCGGGAAACUUUGGUACUCGAUCGACCCGAAGAGGAAGCUCGCGAACACUUCCGAUCAAAGUUCAGCGAAGCGCUGGCCAACUCUUGGAAAACGUCACUAAACUGGGCUUCUCAUAAUUUCUCCAAAAACAAUAAACAGUGACAGUUGCGUUAUAAUCUCACCAUGUAAGAAACGGAGAACGUGUGGCACUGAAAAGCAGCUCGGAAUUAGCACACUACAUCAUCGUUGGGGUGGCCGAAGAGCCGAACCGAUGAAUGCGCGGUAGCUUUGGCUUGAUUUGGUUGCUCUUAGCCGGGACGCGGGAACGAGCUGCUGGCCUCCCUCGUUUCCCGUCUUGCUUUACUUGCAAAAUCUCGCAUUUUAUUGCUCAUAUCUCAUUAGCAUCGAUAGGUCGCCUGGUUGCGAACAGUGGAACACUAGAGAAAGCAGAGCUACCUAGUAAUUUUAACACUAAUUUUAUCGUUUAGCAACACUUGUUAUCGGUAUGUAAUCAUGUAUAUUUUUAAUUUAGUAGAAAAAAAUUAUAUCGAAACUAUAUUCUGAUUUGUGCAUUAAUGUUUUCGAUUUUUGUACAGUAACUAAUGCAUGGCUGAUAAAUUAACGUAGCUUGUAUUAGUAAGAUAUUUCAAUUGUUUGGUCUAUUUAGCAUAUUAUCUAAACUAAUCAGUGAGAGAGAUAAACAUUAUGCAUUAGCAAAUAUAAAUGAGGUCCCGACAGGAGCUUUGCAAAAAUAAAUCACCACACAGAUAUUGAAACUAGUAAAAAAAGAUAAAUAAUGAACCUAAUAACAGCUAUGCAAGGACUGAUAGUGCGAAGGAUUAAAUUAAUUUAAAUGUAAAUUAUGUACCUAGGAAUGAUCACUAAUGCAAAUGGUAGCGAAACGCAAUUACACUAGCAAAUCAUUUAUACUAAUUUGAUUAAAUCAUGAGUUUAAAAAAGUAGAUAAUUCGAAAUAAAAGGAAGAACUUUGUCUUUAGCCUUUAGACUAGCAGUAACCACCAUAGUGAAUAAGUAGGGACAGCCGUUGUCUAGCAAAUGACUUGAAAAUGCACCUUAUUCUGUGAGGAAACCGUAGAAAGGAAUUCGAAUAAAUUCUGUCUUAAAAUUA